ACGAGUCCCCUGUGGUAUAAGCAAGGGGAGAGUGCAACCAGCAACCUGUGCUACACCAGUAAACAAACGCACUCGCAUUAUAUUCCCACCUUUUGUGCUGGGAGAUGCAUGUGGGCGUUGGGGUGAGAUCACAUAAUACUUUACUGUUAGUAGCCAACAAGGGUACAAGUACAUGCAAUCGCAGACAUCUUGGUACGGUUGGUGACUGUUAAGAGUCUCGUGUUUUGUUUUAUAAUGACUUGACAAUGGACGACUUGUCAAGUGACUUAGCAAUGCGGUCUAGCUAGAGUCUCUCCUACCGCUUCCGUGGUUGAACUGAACUGUUGCACUGCAAGCUCAACUAGUACAAGCUUUACAAUUGUGCACGACCUUCCUGUGUAGUCACGUGGAACAAUAAGGAAAUCGAGACACUGUUUCCGCUGGUCGACCGACGCAGCGCAGAUAGAGCGACUGCUUUGCAUAAGGAAACUAAGCAGUGUGUCGUGUAGACCAUCACAGGCCAAGCCUCUCUCUUCACCGGUGGUGUAACUCUCUUCGCUGAGAGCUCAAAACUCCACUUUUUCUCAAAAAGUAGGGAGGUUAAUCUUGAACUGCGGAUACGAGAUUGUGUGACACCUCGUCAUGACGUCAUUUCGACAGGGGAAUAUCUGCUGGGUCGCGGUAUGCGCUACGCUUCUGACGCUGACGAGGGGUAUAGACGUGAUUGCCAAGCCCCCCCGCACUCCCAGCAACGGCGAUGUACAAUUAGUGGGCGGGGCCUCGCCAGCAGAAGGGCGUGUUGAAGUCUUCUACAAUGGUGCGUGGGGUACGGUAUGCGAUGACGGAUGGGAGAUGCAAGACGCGCAGAUUCUCUGCAAACAGCUGGGCUUUGCUUCGGCCAAUUCAACAAGGUGCUGCGCUUCCUUUGGUCAGGGGACAGGAGUGAUUAUACUAGACGAUCUUGCCUGCACUGGAGACGAAACGAGGAUAGGCGAUUGCCCUCAUAGGGGGUGGGAGCAGCAUAACUGUGCACAUACUGAAGACGCUGGAGUGGUUUGCAAUGGCAAAGUCCGAUUAGCGGGCAGUCCCAACCCCCUACAGGGCCGGUUAGAGAUCUUCCACGAGGGUGAAUGGGGCACAGUCUGUGACUCAGACUGGGACCUGAAGGAUGCCUCAGUGGUCUGCCGGCAGCUGGGCUACCCCUCAGCGAACUCCUCCAGUGAGGUCAGCUUCGGGCCUCCAUCCACGGCUCAGAUUCUCUUAGAUAUGGUCUCUUGUAUGGGGGAUGAACACGGAGUGGAGUACUGCGAGCACGGUGAUUGGAAGAACGUCAGUGCGGACUGCACGCAUAGCAGGGAUGCAGGUGUCAUCUGUACACGACCAAUACGUCUGGUCGGCGGCAAUGGCCCCAUGCAAGGUCGCGUGGAGAUCCUCCACAAUGGCGAAUGGGGCAGCGUGUGCGACAAAGGCUGGAGCUUCCAAGAUGCGGUAGUGGUUUGCAACCAGCUUGGUGGCUACGCAGCCCAGGAGGCCACAAGGGGGUCCCAGUUUGGGGGUGGGGUGGGCCCCACCCACAUGUCAUUCGUCAACUGUGACGGCACAGAGGCUACCCUUGAGCAGUGUCCAAAUUCCGGCUGGGGUAAUGCCGGCGAGUGUGGGCACUCCAACGACGCCGGGGUCAUUUGCACACCUGCUGUCCGGCUAGUCGGUGGUAAUACACACAUUGAGGGUAGGGUGGAGGUGUUUAACAACGGCCAAUGGGGAAGCAUCUGCCCAGAGUCCUGGGAUGCUAAAGAUGCGGAGGUAGCCUGUCGACAGCUUGGCAACUACCCACUGGCAGAGGGGGAUUGCUGUCAACGGUUCCCAGCAGAUGUUGGGGUGGUCUUGGACAAUGUGGUGUGCACUGGUAAUGAGAGUAGGAUACAGGACUGUGCACACAAAGCUUGGGGUGUUGUGGACUGUUCAGGCGGACAGGCCGCUGGUGCAAAAUGUCAGGCGACGGUCCAACUUGUGGGUGGCUCCCACCCUCUGGAGGGCAACGUCAUUGUCUUACGUAAUGGCCGCUGGGGCAGCAUCUGUGACGACAACUGGGACAUCAACGACGCUCGGGUCGUCUGCCGCCAGUUGGGAAACUAUGAGGCUGUAGCUGCCACCUGCUGUGCCAAGUAUGGUCAGAUGGCCCAGGAAAUCAUACUGGAUGAUGUGGCUUGCCAGGGGGAGGAAGGACGGAUAGAGGAUUGCUACCAUGCCUCUUGGGGAUCACAUAACUGCGGGGGCUCAGAGUCUGCAGGCGUAGUCUGUAGAGAAAUUCGGCUGGCUUUGGAUGAUUCUUCCUCUAACCUUCCGAAGGGCCGUGUGGAGAUUGUCUACAAUGGCGUCUGGGGCCGCAUCUGUGGCACUGAUUGGGACCUGAACGAUGCCAACGUGCUGUGCCGGCAGCUGUAUAACAGCACUGCCGAAUCAGUCCAUUCAUUCAAGAAUGGCUCUGGCCCUAUCCUCUUGUCCAACUUCAAGUGUACAGGGUUGGAGAGCAACAUAUUUGAUUGCACGCACAAUCCAUGGGGUGACUACACCUGUGAUGAUGCAGAUGCUGCAGUUGUCUGCAGGGGUGGAUUGAGACUUGCUGGGGGAAGGACGCCCUUAGAAGGUCGGGUUGAAGUGUUCCAUGAUGGUCAGUGGGGCACGGUUUGUGAUGACGGCUGGGAUUUACUGGACGCGAAAGUUGUCUGCACGCAGCUAGGAAAUUAUGAGGCUCUAUCAGCGAAGUGCUGCGCUAACUUCGGCCAGGGAACAGGGCCCAUCCUGAUUGACGGACUGGCAUGCAACGGAGACGAGGAUCUGAUAGAAGACUGUCGACAUGAAGGCUGGGGAAGCCACAACUGCCAACAUUACGAGGAUGCUGGAGUCAUCUGCACAGAUCUGAGAUUGACGCAUGAAAACGGUAGUGUAUCCACCAACACGUUGACUGGUCGGGUGGAGGUCCUCAGCAGUUCAGGGGAGUGGGGAGCCAUCUGCGGCAAAUACUGGGACAAAAAGGAUGCCGAGGUGGUGUGUCAGCAGCUGUUCAACACAAGUGCUAUGGACACCAGGAAGUUUUACCUAUCCAGCCCGGACCAGCUGAUCAAUAUGGGGGAGGUGCAGUGCAAUGGAUCAGAGAGUUUGCUGCUCCAGUGCCCACGUGCAUCCAAGCCGUUCACUGCUCAGACCUGCCCCGGAGGCGAGACGGCGGGGGUGCUAUGUAAAGAUAUCCGCCUGGUUAGUGGCAAUCAGCGUGAAUUCGGUGCUGUCGAGUUGUUAGUGGACAGCCAAUGGGGUUCCAUAUGUGCUGACAACUGGGGGCCAAAGGAGGGCGCUGUUGCCUGCAAGCAACUCGGAUACUGUGCUGCAAAAGGAACCCAGAAAGGCCUUCAACCAGCUCGUACCCAGGGCAAGAUGCACUUCUCCAGCAUGAACUGUACAGGGUCUGAGAGCCGGCUACGAGAUUGCGUGCACACUUAUGGCGGAUAUACAUGCAAUGGACUGGUCUUUGAAGCUGUGGUACAAUGCAAGGCUGGUUGUGAUUGGCCAGGACCCAUCAGGCACGGUAGCUUCAGCCCGAACCGAUCAUCCUACGAACCGUUGACUACCACUGAUGUCAAAUGUGAUGCCGGCUAUGAACUGAUGGGUAGUAAAACACUGCAGUGUGUCACGGGUUGCGAGUGGUCCAGGCCAACCCCAGAAUGCCAAAGAAUUUCAAACUGCUCGAUCGGUGGAGAUGGCAAACCGUCUGUUGGCGCUCAAGCUGGUCCAGCCGGUGGUGUCAUGCUCAUCAUUGGCAUCAUACUGGGAGCUGUAAUCAUGAUGCUGAUUGCCUGUGUUGCCUUGUACUUAAAGGGAAGAAAUAAGAAUAUUGGCCGCGGUAACCCAGCCACCACCUCGGCCAUCUGGAAACCCAAAAAGGAGUUUGAUGAGAUGAAGGAACCAGUCUUGAGCUUCAGUGCCAUGACGUCGGAAGGGGCAGGGCUUGAAGACGGAAUGGGGGAGGACAUCUGAUCGCACUAGUGGUGACGCUAUUUCUAUAUAAAUUAGGCAACUUUAUACGGAUAAAAAGAGUCGAAAAACUGUGGUAUAUAUUGUUUCUUGACGUGACAGAAAAUGUGAUACCUCAAACCUACCCAAACUAAACCUUGGCCUACUUGCAUGGAGUUGAUAUGUUUAGCAAAUUGAUGAGGGUAGCAAAAAACUAGCUGAGCACUUGUCACAACCUGUAGACAUUCAAUCAAUUUCCGGCUGCUAACUUGUUUUUGCUCAGCAGAUAUUUUCUUUGCUUGACAUUAUUGUGUUCUUAGCUUCUCCUUGAAAUUAGACCCUGGGGUCAAUAUUCAAGUGCCGUUCUUUAAAAAAAAAAACAUUGUGCCAAACUUCGGGCAUCUCUGCACCAGUGUUGUAGGGAAUUGUGAUGAACUCAACGACGACACUACUCUGUACUGAUACUAAAAACCAGUCCAAAUGGUUUAGAUAGCAGAUCUGUAUAAAACCAAUAACAUGCUAUCGUUGGAAAUAAUGUUGAUUCAAAUUAGUGUGCCAUUUUAACAUAGGGCCUAGCUCCUCCUUUAUCCAUUAAGUUUCAACUCUAAAUGUGCCAUUUUUUUCUGCUAUACCCGUUUUGUUCAAACGUUGCUUUGUCUAUAUACAAAAGUAGAUGUACAUUUUUAAAACCAACCUUUUUUCUUAUGAACUAACUCAUGUAUAUGAAAGACAAAGUGAAGUGAGGAUUUCGUGUUUAUAUGAACGUGUCUUGAUAUUUUGUGAAAUAAGUAAGCAAUAAAUUUAGAUGAAAUGUAAAAAGAAAGCUUCAUUUGAAACAUAAAAAAAAUUUUUUAAGUGGAUGAGUCCAAGAUUAGGGAUUGUUCUUUUGAGUUUUAAGAGGUUUUUUUUAUACUCACUAAGAAAUAAAUGUUUUAAUCGUAAUAGGUUGAAGACACGUCAAUCCAAUAUAAAUGAAUUUUAGAAUUGGUAAGGCAUGUUUUUUUUUAUUCGGUUCAACUGAACGGUGGCUAACAAUAGAAAAUACUCGUUAUAAAUACUAAUUAGAAGUUUCUGGCCUUGAUAAUGUCGCUUCUAUUUGUUCACUUGACUCGUUACUUUUUAAUAAUGAUAUGUGUCAUAUAUUGAAUGUAUUAAAGAUUGCCUGUAAGUUUAGGAGUGGCCUUUCUGAUGUUGCCACACAAUUAUGUUAAUCUCGGGCGUGUGGUAUUUUUUACACGUGUCGCUUUUUACUACGGUAACCACAAUUUAAGGUUGAAUCUUGAAAUAAAUCUUAUUUUCUUGGUUCUUUUUCUUUGCACAGUUUUGCCAUUGCCUUAAAAGUUAAUUAGAAAUUUGUACAUACAUUUUAUAAGCAUUUGUUCGUAUAUAAGACGGUUAUGUUAAGUUAUAUGGACAUUAUAACUGUUAUUUUGAGGGUUAUUAGACUGAACGUUUCGAAUUCAAAAGCACAGAUUUUUCUCUUUAGUAACCAACUCUGUCAGAUUGUCAUAUUUUAAACCAGAAUACGCUUACCGUUUUAUUGCAUUUAAGGUAGGGUAGAUCAUUUGUCAUUUUUGAUUUUGUUUUCGUUUGAAGCAACAAAAAAACGCUCAAACUUGUAAAGACGGGCGCUAUAACAACUAACACGAAGUAGCUUUAGCUCUGUGAAUGCUGCAUAUUCUGGAAACAAUAAUAUCCUAGGAUCGUGGUUACAAUGAAAGUCAUGUUUUGAAUUGCGUCCGAAAUCAGCGUUCGGGACACGUUCUCAUUCAGCCGAUUGUCACACGCUGAACUGACGAAUAAUAGCAACCGCGCGCUACCAACUACAUGUAUAAAUAUCCAAGAAUGCGUCACUGGAGGCAUCUUUGACAAUUCUUUUAUUUAUUUUCUUUAAAAUGGCAGCAUGCCAGAAAUACUUUGUUGGAUAGCUGCAAAUGAUCUACCCUACCUUUAAAUUGAAGUAAAUGUUUUAAAAUUGUGUUCAAAAGUCAACAGCGUAUUAAUUUUCGGUCAUUUAUUGUAGUUUUACUUUUUGUAAUCAGAAUCUGGCAGCUUGUACAAAUACAAAGUAAUGUAGACAGGUGACUUACUUCUGUUUGUGUAGUACAAACAGAAUUGCGAGAACUAGCCUCUUAUGGGCACAAAAUGGCUUCUUGUUCAAGCAGAAUUUGUCUGUGAACGGGCGUUGUACCCCGAAGCCAAAUAUGUGCAGGGUUGUUGCCACCCUAUCUAGUAAGGAAACGACUCAAUUGAAACGCUGUACUGACAAUCUGUAAUUGAUGUACAUGAAACAAUUUGACUCCAUAGUCAUCUAUGCAAUAGAUUUUGAAUGUAGAUGAAAGAUACUAUUGUUAUGCAGUACUCUCUAUGAACUGAGCUAAGUGUGCAGAAUGGACGAAAAUAAUACCCAAGAGCACACUAUUAUAAAAAUAUAAUCAUUAAUCGUUGUAAACAAUGUCAUUUGUAUACUAUAAUAUUCAAGAAACAAGUUAUAAUGUGGUUUAUCUCUGGUUUCAUGGCGUACAUUUUUGGUUGUUUUCCCUACAUUACAUGAAAGUAUGCUAACCAAGUAUAAUGGUGACUGGAAACUGAUUGUUUCGAAUGCAAAUGAAAACGAAAGUCGUUUCGGUAUCAUGGUUUUCUUUUGGUUGCUUUAGUUGCGUUUCCCUCUUACAUUACAAUAACAUUAUCUAACUUUGACUCACAAAUCAUUGGUGACUUCAAACUGUUUGUUUUGAAUGCGAAUGAAGACGAAAGCGGUAAUAUCUAAAAGUCGUGAUAUGCUCCUUUCGGCAUUAUAUUUCAAUGACGAUGAAUAAUAUUAUUCGACACGAA